GUUGACGUCAUCCUAAUUUGCUUAUCGGCGAUUUAUGGCUCCUGCAUUUUAUUGUUUUUCAUUUUUUUACUGACGUUGAGUGCGAGCAAAACAUCGAAUGGAUUACGGUUAAAAACUGAUGAAAGUUGCACGACGGAUAAAUCUAAUGAUUCUGUUUGAGGAGACAGGCCCAUUAUCGCUGCGUGCAACUUAACCUUUUUAAUGGUACUUCGAUUAGCAAAUAGUACUUCCUAGCUAGAUCACGUUUGAAAGGGUGUGGUAUGAUCAACGAAACUAAACAUUUAGCUGUGGAUACCUUGAAAGAAAUCUAACUGAAACUAAGUGAAUACCAUCCAUCGACAAUGGCAAACACAGGUGUUUUACCUUUUGUUCGUGGAGUCGAUUUCAGCAGCAAUGAUUUCAGCGAGGGAAAAUUUCCACCAUCUGUACGCUUGAUGACUGGAAUACAAUGGCUCAAAUUAGACAAGACUAAUUUGUCAGAGAUACCUGAAGAGAUGGGAAAGUUAUUGAAAUUGGAACAUCUUUCUUUAGUGAAAAAUAAAUUGGAGCGUUUAUAUGGCGAGUUGACUGAAUUAGGUUGCCUAAGAACAUUGAACAUUCGGCAUAACAAUAUCAAGAGUAGUGGCAUUCCGACAGAAUUGUUUCACUUGGAGGAAUUGACUACUCUCGAUCUUAGUCACAAUAAUCUGAAGGAAGUGCCGGAAGGCUUGGAGAAAGCAAAAUCUCUCCUCAAUCUAAACCUCAGUUAUAAUCACAUUGAAACGAUUCCGAACACGUUAUUCAUCCACUUAACAGACCUGCUGUUUCUGGAUCUCAGUCACAACCAACUAGAAACUUUACCACCUCAAACUCGUCGGCUGGCAAAUUUACAGACUCUGAAUCUCAACCACAAUCCAUUGGGACAUUUUCAACUAAGACAACUACCAUCUUUAAUGAAUUUGACUACACUGCAAAUGCGAGACACUCAGCGUACAUUGAGUAACAUUCCCUCGAGCCUGGAGAGUCUGACAAAUCUACAGGAACUUGAUCUAUCGCAAAACGAACUGCCGCGAGUACCAGAUGCCUUAUAUUCACUUCCAAACUUACGUCGCCUCAAUCUUAGCGACAAUCAAAUCACCGAACUCUCAACAGCUAUUGAUUUCUGGCAGAAACUGGAGACCUUGAACCUCUGCAGAAAUAAAUUAACAACAUUGCCUAGUUCUUUGUGCAAAAUCAAUACAUUACGAAGGCUUUACCUGAAUGAUAAUGAAUUAGACUUUGAAGGAAUUCCUUCAGGAAUAGGAAAAUUAUCCUCCUUGCAAGUUUUCUCAGCAGCAAACAAUCAUCUGGAAAUGAUACCCGAGGGCUUAUGCAGAUGUGGAUCUCUGAAGCAAUUGAUCUUGACGUCUAAUCGACUAAUAACGGUUCCUGAUGCGAUUCAUUUACUUACUGAUUUAGAUCAGCUUGAUCUACGAGAUAAUCCUAAUUUAGUCAUGCCCCCAAAACCGAUGGAAGUACAGAGAGGAUCAGGGAUAGAAUUUUACAACAUCGACUUUUCACUGCAGCAUCAAUUACGUCUUGCUGGAGCAAAUAUACCAGCCCCAGUUCAGACAGCUAAUAGUAGUAAAGAUCCUAUAGCUCGGAAAAUGCGUUUAAGACGGAGGAGGGAUCAGGAAGAGGCUGACCAAGACCAAGCUAAAAUUUUAAAGGGGUUGAAAGAUAUUGCUAAAGAUAAAAAUAAGGAUAAAGGGUCGGAAGAUGCCAAGGUGGAAUCAUUGAAGCCAAAGAGAUGGGACGAAACGCUUGAAAAACCUCCACUGGAUUAUUCAGAAAUAUUUGAUGAUGAUGCGGGCCAGAUUCCUGGCUUAUCCAUCUGGGAAAUAGAAAACUUCCUUCCAAAUCAAAUAGAUGAAGUUGCCCACGGUAAAUUCUAUGAAGGAGAUUGUUACAUUGUGUUAAAAACAGGAGUUGACGAACAAGGCUCGCUAACAUGGUCAAUAUAUUUUUGGAUUGGAGAAAAAGCUACAUUAGACAAACGUGCCUGCGCUGCAAUUCACGCAGUGAACCUGCGCAAUUAUCUUGGUGCACAAUGUCGCACAAUAAGAGAGGAGCAAGGAGAUGAGUCGGACGAGUUUCUUCUACUUUUUGAUGCAGAAAUCACCUACAUAGAGGGAGGCCGAACGUCUUCCGGCUUUUACACCAUUGAAGACCCGCCAGCCAUUACCAGGGUUUAUCGAGUCCACGCUGCUGGUGCGUCGAUCCACUUAGAAGCAGUUCCCGUAGGCGUCGAAUCCUUGGAUCCAAGAUUCGUGUUUGUUUUGGACAAAGGAACUAAAAUAUUUAUGUGGUAUGGUAUCAAAGCAAAGAACACACUAAAGUCCAAGGCGAGACUUUUGGCCGAAAAAAUUAAUAAAAAUGAACGGAAGAACAAAGCGGAUAUUAUCACUGAGAUUAUGGGCUCUGAAUCGGAGGAAUUUUGGAAAUCUCUCGAUGAAACUAACAUACGUUCUAUCGAAAACGUGAAUAUACAGGAACAUGUUGAUCCAGACUUCACACCUGUCACGCCACGUUUGUAUCAAGUAAGACUUGGUAUGGGAUAUUUGGAACUGCCACAAGUUGAAGUUCCACAUAGAAAGUUAGUCAAUACUUUACUCAACAAUCGCAAUGUGUAUAUUUUAGACUGUUAUUUGGACGUGUUCGUUUGGUUUGGUAAGAAAUCGACCAGACUUGUUCGUGCGGCUGCUGUCAAACUGUCUCAAGAAUUAUUUAAUAUGAUCGACCGACCUGAAUAUGCAUUGGUUACAAGAUUGCAAGAAGGCACUGAAUCACAGAUAUUCAAGUCCAAAUUCACUGGUUGGGAUGAAGUAAUUGCAGUUGAUUUCACGAGAACAGCCGAAUCUGUGGCAAAGACUGGCGCGGAUCUUACCAAAUGGGCUAAGCAACAAGACACCAAAGCAGAUCUUGCUGCGCUGUUUAUGCCUCGCCAGCCACUUAUGUCUGCGGUAGAAGCUCAACAAUUGAUGGCGGAAUGGAACGAUGAUUUAGAAGCAAUGGAAGCCUUUGUUUUGGAGGGACGAAAAUUUGUACGUCUUCCAGAAGAAGAACUUGGUCACUUCUACAGUGGGGACUGUUAUGUAUUUUUAUGUCGAUAUUGGAUGGUGAGUGUUUUUUUUAAAUUUGACCAGUAUUUCUUGAAUCGGGCAACCAAAAAUCAUGAUUCUCUAAUCAACCAGUCCCAUAAUCUUCAGCCUUUAGAUAUAAAUGGAAGCGAGGAAGGUGAUGACCAGUGUGAAGAUGAUUUUCAGUGUGUAGUAUACUUUUGGCAAGGUAGAGAUGCGGGGAAUAUGGGUUGGCUCACCUUCACAUUCAGUUUGCAGAAGAAGUUCAAAUCUUUAUUCGGUGAAAAAUUGGAAGUUGUUAGAACUCAUCAACAACAAGAAAAUUUGAAAUUCAUGGCGCACUUCAAACGCAAAUUCAUUAUACGCCAUGGUAGGCGCAAACAACCAAAGUCACCAGCUAACAAUAAGGUUGAAUUCUACCAUCUCCGAAGUAAUGGCAGUGCCUUGUGUACAAGAUUGAUUCAAGUGAAUCCGGAUGCCAGUUUAUUGAAUUCUGCUUUUUGCUAUAUAUUAAAUGUGCCGUUCAAUAAUGACGACGAAACUGGUAUCGUUUACGUUUGGAUUGGAUCCAAAGCUGACAGCGAAGAAGCCAGACUUACAGAGGAGAUAGCCGAAGAGAUGUUCAAUAACCCGUGGAUAAGUCUGCAGGUACUAAACGAGGGUGAAGAGCCAGAUAACUUUUUCUGGGUUGGCAUUGGAGGAAAAAAACCAUAUGAUACCAAUGCGGACUACAUGAACUACACUAGACUAUUUCGCUGUUCAAAUGAAAAAGGAUAUUUCACAAUUAGUGAGAAAUGUACAGAUUUUUGUCAGGAUGAUUUGGCCGAUGACGACAUUAUGGUGCUAGAUAAUGGUGAGCAAGUAUUUUUAUGGCUCGGUGCUCGAUGUUCAGAAGUGGAAAUUAAACUUGCCUACAAAUCAGCGCAGGUUUAUUUACAACACCUACGUGUGAAGCAGCCGGAAACACCUAGGAAACUUUUUCUUACUGCAAAGGGCAAAGAGUCGCGUAGAUUCACAAAAUGCUUUCACGGUUGGGGAUUACAUAAACGUCCUCCAGAGUAACCCCUCAGAUAACACUAAUGCAUCAAAAUGCAGUGCUUCCACCUUAUAUUUUAUUCACUUCUACCAAUCGCUCAUUACUAUUUUACUUUUGUUUGACAUUCUAAUAUAGUAUGCAUACCAUUUCUGUAUGAUUGAUAUUUCAAAUUCGGGCUCUCUGAAGUUUUAACGAAAAUAUGUUAACAGUUACCCCAAGUAUUUUUCAAUUGUGAUCAAUCGGAUAUCAAUAUUAGAGCAUCGAUACCAACAGUAGUCUUCCACAUAUAUAGCGCUUUUUUAAGUAACUCCUGACACUGGAUUAUUAUUGUGUCGAUUUUCUUUUCAACACACACCACUUAUGCGGCUCUCUUCUCACAAUCUAGAUUUUGUCAGGCAAGUUUUUACAUAGUUAAGAUCGGAUUGUCUUGCUUUGCCCUUGUAUCAGGAUUCAUUACUGUGUUAUCAAACAUUUGUCCCGAAGAAUGUACAUAUUAGACAGCCAUGUAUCAAGAGCUAAUGAUGUAGUUUUUACAAAAGUACAUUUUUCUAUUGUGAUUAUUCAAAAGAUGAUGUGUUUGUUGCUUUUCUCGGUCCAUUAGCAAGGCCAGCAACACUUAUUCAGAUAGAAAAGACGAGACUUGCAAAAGAAAGAGACUACAGUAUAUCAUAUAUAUACAUAUUUAUUUGCCAUUUAUUAAUUUAAUAAACAUUGUGAUCAUUAUAUUGCAGGUAAUUGUAAUUUGUACAACUACUACUGUGCGUACUAAAACUUUGUCAUUUUUGUAAAUAAAUACCUAAAAAUAAACGCCA